CCGCCAUUUGGCCUUUGCUUCCUACUGAUUCUUUGAGUGGAAAUGAAACUUCUUUCUGUUGACACCAACUCUUCAGGCCUUGAUGAAGGCCGACAACUUUAUGUCAAACUAUGUGAUAAUAUUCAUUUUAUAUUUCUUCGCUCAUUCGAAAUUAUUAUCCGAGUCCACUACAGCAAUGAUAGGCGUACCAUUCUGGCCUGCUUGCCAUUUCCUGGAGGCCUGGUGACGAAGGGCACGAUUUUGGUACCGAGUGGUAGGUUGUCACCAAAUCGAGGAACAACCAGGAGGCCCUUCCAACUUGGCUUGGCUUGGCCGCGUCCAAGGCCAGAACUGACUGACCAGACACGGUGCCAUAUCAUGGAGACAUCCUCUGGGCGUACCAUUCCCCAAUAAUAUCUGCUAUCCAUAGGAUGACUAUAAAGGACAGGGGAGGUAUGAUGGUGCAGUCCUGUUCAAAGCUGCGUAUCCAAGUCCUUCAACCGCAGAGCACGAUUGCAUUGUCUGCACGUCCGACCCAUCCGAUGGCACCUCGCAAAAAGCACUCUGGCCAGUCCUUUGGAGAAUCUUCAUCCUCAUCGGUUGAACGGAGCACUCCACCUCCCUCACCUACGAAGCGAAGUGUAACUAAACGUAUUACCCUAUCGGAUGGAAAAACAGCAGAUCGUGUUCCAAUUCCAUGUCGUUCGGACGAUCCUACGAUUCUAUUUUCUGAUAAUGGCAAUCCUGGCAUGUCGGUCUCGAAUGUCUUGAAUGGUGGACAUGUUCAGGACGUGCCAGAACCAGAUUUUAAGGCAGGGCCUCUCACUAUCGUCUUACAGUGGCCUGGUUACGAUUCUUCGGAGAUUCUUCACGACAGACAUAUUACAAUCAAUCCAAAUACAAAACAGGAACUCGCAGUCGCGCUAUGUACUGCACUGUAUAAGUUUUAUACAUGCGCAUCAAAAAUAUUGCCUUCGGUCGAAUCUGUUCCCUGGGCUCUUUCUUCGCGAGUUCUUUUAAAAGAUAUCAUGCUCAUGUCCAUACAUUUUGACGCUGGCGUAUGGGUUCCGGAAUUUUAUGUACUCAAGAAGUAAUAUUGUUGGAUUCGUUGAGUCGAAUCCACGCUUAUCGCACAUAGCACAUGAUACAAUAAUGCAGCGGUAUACAUGGCAUACACCUACAGGUAGUGUUUGUAGUGUCAGUCGAUUAAUAUGAGAAGAUCCACAAAGUAGUUUUUUACUGCGA